AUCACCAUUCCCAAAGCCCUGAUAAUUUGAACUACAAAAAUAAAUUAUCCCGCUCACACCUCAUUUCAAACAACCUCACUCUAACGGCUCUCUCUCUCUCUCUCUAAAGUCUAUACCAGACGCGCUCCAAAUCAAAAUUCCAAAGACAAUUUUUGAGAUACGAAAUGGCGACAAAUAUUGGGAUGAUGGACUCCGCAUACUUCGUCGGCAGAUCGGAGAUCCUCUCGUGGAUCAAUUCUACUCUCCAUCUCAAUCUCUCCAAAGUUGAAGAGGCUUGCACCGGCGCCGUCCAUUGCCAGCUGAUGGAUGCGGUUCACCCAGGGAUGGUUCCGAUGCACAAAGUCAAUUUCGACGCCAAGAGUGAGUAUGAGAUGAUCCAGAACUACAAGGUCCUUCAAGAUGUUUUCAACAAGCUCAAGGUCACCAAGCACAUAGAGGUGAACAAAUUAAUCAAAGGAAGGCCGCUGGAUAAUUUGGAAUUUAUGCAGUGGAUGAAGCGUUACUGUGAUUGUGCUAAUGGAGGACAAAUGAAUAAUUACAAUGCCUUGGAAAGAAGGGAGGCAUGCAAGGGUGGUAAAGAGCUGAGCAAGAAAUCUGCAGCAUCACAACCUUCAACUAAGAGUUCAGCCUCUGUACCCAAACAAGGAACCUCUCAUAAUGGUAGAAGGGCUGAUGCUGCUCAUGCCAAUGCAGCAAAUCAAUCUGUUAAGGCAGUUAGACCUUCUUCAAGCGGUGGACGAUCUGGCUGCUCCGAUGCAGAACGCACCAUGUUUGAGCAACAGAUUACUGAGUUGAAGCUAUCAAUUGAUAGUUUAGAGAAGGAGAGAGACUUCUACUUUGCCAAACUGAGAGAUAUUGAGAUCUUGUGCCAGACACCUGAUAUUGAAAAACUACCUGUGGUUGGAGCGAUGAAGAGAAUCUUGUAUGCUGCGGAAGAUGAUGCAUCAGUUGUUGCAGAAGCUCAAGCUAUGAUGUCGGAGCAGGAGCAGGGAGUCGAGCUCUCGUUGUCGACGGAUGAGGGGAGGCGUAAUAGUGACUCUCAAAAGAGGAAAAGCAUCAUCAAUGUUGAUGUUGAUGCUGCUGCUAGCAACACAUUGUCUCCGAGGCAGAGGUUGUCUGAAAUCUCAGAUGUCCACUGCAGUGGAUCUCCUCUAGUCACUUAUUGAUCAAAAUCUUUGAUCAAUCACUAUCACAAUUUAUAAUAUCUCUACCAUAAUAUUAGUCCCUCCUUCUUGCCGGUUCAAUAUAUUAUUGGCCGGCUGCAAAAUCUCAUAUUUUAGGUGGGUAAGAAUCCUUAUCACAGGCAAAAAUUAUCGAAAGAGAGUGGUUGGUUUGGCAGCAUGAUGUAUAAUUCAUAUAUUUGAUGUUAUUAUAUGUACUACUUGUGUUUUGUUA